AAACCUGACCUUUUCCAGCAAGAACAAGCGUUACGCCCUUUGCUUGUACAUGUGUAGAACCGCCACAAGAUGACUCAACCGUCUUGCCGUGCGCAGACAUUGGAGAGAAUGCCUGGGAGCCUGGGGGGGGAGGCACAUGAGUCGGUGCGAUGGGGCAGCGCGGUGUAUUGCGUUGCUGUUGAAUUGGUCAACAAGAGUUAUAUCGCUAAGCCGAGGGUUGGGGAUGGAGAAGGGUAUAAAGAUUGGGGGAUGCAAUCCAGCAGUUGAGGCAUCAAAUCAAUUGGAACAUCCUCAUUUUAUAUAUAUAUAUCAUUAUCAAAGUUACGACAUACGCCUACUUCUAUUGUCAUUCCAAAGGCAACACAUCACGGGAUUGGCAUUGCCGAUUUUAUAAAUAUCGGAAUACGGAAUUCAGAAUACUCAACAUGUCGUCUACACGCUCCACAUCCACAUCUACACCGGAAAAAGAUACAAUGUCGAUAACAUCAUCGUCGACAAUGACGAGUACGAAAUCGCUUCUUCGGUCGCUACUUCCGUCGAAGCGGGAUAGCUCGGCGACAAAGACGGAAGCUGCAAGGUCAAAAGCUACAGAGACGCCGGCGGAGAAAGUGGAGAGGAAGUUGACAAAGGCGGAGGCUUUGCAUGAUUGGGCGUUGUAUCGGUAGAAAGAAAGGAGUACAGGAAGUGAUAAAAGAGAGAGAUGACGCGAUGAAGAUAGAUGCAGUUACUAGAUUAGUUCUGGUGCAGAUAUCCUGGGGUCUGAGGACCCCGAUCGAUUUCUUUGUUUGUUUGGACCUUGGGCGUAAUGUACUAUGCC